AUCCCACCACAGGACAUCCAUACAGCAGACCUGAGGAAAGCCAAAGAAUAACAUCAGACAUCAAACACUGAAUCUCAUGAACUAUUUUAAAACAAGAUGAAGACGUUGAAAGCAAAGUUCAAGAAGUCAGAGAGUCAAGACUGGAGUAAGACAGAUGACAGAUUGUUGCAGGCUGUAGAACAGAAUGAUCCAGAAAAAGUAGCCACGCUGCUGGUGAAGAAAGGUCUCUGUCCGUCCAAAUUGGACGCUGAGGGCAAAUCAGCGUUCCAUCUUUGUGCGUCUCGAGGUCGUUUGGACUGUCUAGAUGUCAUCCUCUCUCAUGGGGUGGACAUCAAUGUAACAGACGGCACUGGGUUUAAUGCUCUCCAUCUUGCUGCUAAGAAUGGACAGUCAGAUUGUCUAAAGAGGCUUCUUCAGGAAAGGAUGUCUGUCGAUGCCACAGACAGUUUUGGAAGGACUUCCUUACACCAUGCUGCUGUAAGUGGCUGCUUGUCCUGCUCUGAGAUUCUGUGGGACUUUAAAGCCAACCUUGAUAUUCAAGAUGGAGAUGGGUCAACUCCAUUGAUUCUGGGAGCCCAGAUGAGCAGAGUCGAACUUUGUGCCUUUCUUUUGGAACGAGGAGCCAAUCCUAAUAUACAGGACAACCAGGGCAGAUCAGCAUUGAUGUUGGCCUGUGAGAGUGACAGCAUGGAGACUGUAGAGGUGCUACUGAAAGGCGGAGCUAACCCACACCUAACCGACGCCCUGGGGCACAACUCCGCCCACAACAGCAUCACCGCCGGCAACCAAAACAUCACCCAGCUUCUACAGAGUGUAGGCGUUUCCACAGCUGCUGAGGGUUCGAGUGAGGAGGCAGAGGAUGAGGAGGUCUUUGAAGAAAUCCGUAAGCUCAGGCUGGAGAGAGGUCGCCUGCUGCAGAAAAUCAAGGUUCUGGAGCAGCAGCAGAACAGCGCCACCACUGCCCUGGAGGAGCUAAACUCUUUGAAAAAGCGCCUGAGCGAGGUUGAGGCCGAGCGUGACCGACUCCUGGCCGAGCUGGAGGAGUUGAGAGCGGCUCAGGUGAGCGGCGUGACCUGUGACUCUGAAGAUGCGGAGGACUCAGAUGACAUGUUGGACUUCCCAGGAGCGGAGAAGUUACUAUCUAAGCAAUCACGAGGUCUUGAUGCUGAUUCGCCGGCUGAGGCUGCCUCUCAAGAGAAUCCGGUCAUGGUGGAACAGCUUCGCAGAAAAGUGGAGGAACUGACCUCCCAGAAUGCCGACCUGGUUCUCAAAGUGCAGAUGCUGGAGAUGUUUGAGAAGGAUGACACGGAUAUGCAGAGCUCGGGUCCAGAUUUUGUUCCCACAGCUCAGUAUGAAUCUUUAAGGCGAGAGUUUGAGGAACUGCAGGAGAAAUACUCCAGAGCUCAGGCUUCGACUGAAGCCUCAAGUAUCGCAGAGGAUCCUGGAUCUGAGGAGAAAGAGGAAAAAGAUCAAAAAGCUCUGGAGGAACAGCUGGCCCAAGCCAAGACUGAGUUAGAGGAACUCAAAGAACAGAUGCGUCUAGGGGUCUAUUCAGUGGAGGAAGCAGGAUCGAAGCCUGAAAGGGGCUCAGAGUCCCCUGAGAAUGGGGUAAAUCUGGAGAACCAGCAGCUGAGAGUGAGGGUGCACGAGCUGGAGGCGGAGCUAGCUAGCAAAAAGACAGACGGGGAGGAACUUCGAGAAGGUGACAAUGACACCAUCCAACAGCUGAAACAGAGAGUGACUGAACUUGAGGCAGCUCUGCAGGAUAGAGAGAAAGGGAGAGAGGAGGAGAACGAGACAGUUGUGAGCCUUAAAAAGCAAGUGGAAGAGCUGGAAAAAGCUCUGGAGCAAAGCAAAGCAGCAGGCCACGAGGACAGCAAGGGAGCGCCGGUGAACGGGUUGCAGGCACGGGUGGAAGAACUUGAGCGGGCGUUGAAAGAUAGCGUCCCGCGAGGUCAGUUUGAAGAGGUUCAGGUCACUUUAGGGCUUCAGCUUAACCAGCUGGCUCGAGAACGAGCCGAAGUGGCUACCCGACUCAACCAGGCCUUGGUGGAGCUGGAAAGGCUCCGCCCACCGUCCCACACUGGCGAAGAUGAAGAUGACGAGGACCCGUCCGAGAGCUCGGAGAUCUCUAUUGCAUCUGAUCACUCCCUGCACCUGUCGCCGGGCGGAAGGACCUUGGAGGCCAUACAGGAGGAGCUGGAAGUUGCAAGGCAAGAGGCAGCACAAGCUCUAGACACCCUGUGUGCCGAGAGAGAAAGCCGGGCCCUGGAUGCACUCCAACUGAGAGAUGCAAUACCACUGGUGAAACACCAGGAGGUGCUGACCGCAAUAGCCCAGCAGCUAGCGCAAACAGAAAAAGAGCUCCAAGCAGAGAGGGCACUACGUGAGCAAACUCAAACCGAGCUAACCAGACUGAAAUCCGAACUGGAGGCUGUGCAAAAAGACUCAGUUAGGAAGGACGAACAUGACAAAGUCAAGACAGAGCUAGAGCGCUCUCUGGAGGAAAGUCGGCAGAGUGCAAUAGCGGCGCAGGAGUCUCUGAGUGAAAAAGAGACGGAGCUCAAAGAGCUGCGAUCGCAGAAAGCCUUAGAACAAGGACUAGUGUCCAAAGAAGACCAUGAGGCCCAGAGGCUCUCCCUACAAGCUGAGAUCAACACCCUGACGGCUCAGAUGGCCGAUCUAGCGCGCAAGCACGAGAAGACCUGCACUGAGGUAUUCCAGGUGCAGCGGGAGGCUUUGUUUAAUAAGAGCGAGCGUCAGGUGGCUGAAUCCCAGCUGGAGACGGUUAAAAAGCAGCUGGCGGAUCUUCAGGCCGAGUCCACCCACAUCCAACAGCUGCACCAGGACAUCCAAGACUCGCAGGGGCUCAUCAAGGAGAAAGACCGCAAGAUCACAGAGUUGUCUAAGGAGGUUUUUCGUUUGAAGGAGGCUCUGGGGGCUUUGACUCCUCCGCUGGGACGUUCCCCUUCGCCACCGUCCUCAGGGAUACCUGGACAACAGCUGGCACUGCAGAACCGUGUGACUGCAUUAACACAGCAACUCCAGGACUGGGAGCGCAAACACAAGGCUGUUGUUUCAAUAUAUCGCUCUCAUCUAUUAGCUGCUGUACAGGGCCGGAUGGAUGAAGAAGUUCAGGCGCUUUUGCUUCAAAUCCUCCGUAUGUCGCAGAAAGGUCAAAAUUAGUGCUUUGCAACUGACAGCAAUACAGCGCGUUCAAAUGACUGCUAUAUGUACCCUUGAACCGAAGCGUAUCACCACUGUGCACCGCCAGCAUCAGGCACUGAAACUGUGAAUGAGAAGAUAUCGUUUUGGAACAUGACAGAAAUGAUUAUAUUUCCUGUAUGUGAUGAUUUAUGAGGGACAACACAGAUACUUUUGUACCACGUUUCAAUAAACACUG